UCUCUCUACCAAACCAAACAUAUGCUCUCUCUCUCUCUACCAGACCGGUUACUUGGGUUGCUAUCAACAACAACACAACACUAACCCCAUCAGCUUCUCUUCACAACCCAACUUUCCUCUCUGCAACUUCUUCUUCUCUCGAAAAAGAACCACAAUUCGACUGAUAACUUUGUUGGAUUAUAACCCGCGAGUUAAUUAAUCGUUUAAAUGGCUCAAGAAGUUGUAACUUCUGAUGAGGUUAUUGUUGGAGAAGAAAUAGAGCGGGUGAGGUUGAUCACAUUGAACAGGCCUCGUCAAUUGAAUGUCAUCUCAUCCAAAGUGGUUUCUUUGCUAGCUGAGUACUUGGAAAAGUGGGAAAAAGAUGACAAUGCUGAGCUUGUAAUUAUCAAGGGAUCAGGCCGAGCUUUUUCAGCUGGCGGGGACUUGAAAAUGUUCUAUGACGGCAGGAAAUCAAAGGAUCCCUGCCUUGAAGUUGUUUACAGAAUGUAUUGGCUUUGCUACCACAUUCAUACUUACAAGAAAACCCAGGUGGCUUUGGUCCAUGGAAUUUCAAUGGGUGGAGGCGCAUCUUUGAUGGUCCCAAUGAAGUUCUCAGUAGUCACUGAAAAAACUGUUUUUUCCACUCCAGAAGCUAGUAUUGGAUUUCAUACAGAUUGCGGUUUCUCAUAUAUGCAUUCCCAUCUUCCUGGGUAUCUCGGGGAGUUUUUGGGCUUAACAGGAGCAAGACUGAAUGGUAAGGAGCUGGUUGCGGUUGGACUAGCAACCCAUUUUGUCCCUCUUGAGAAAUUAUCCGAUCUAGAGAAGCGUUUGAUAAGCUUGAACUCCGGAAAUGAGAACUCGGUCAAAGCUGCAAUUGAAGAAUUUUCUGUGGAAGUCAAGCCUGAUGAAGAAAGUGUUUUAAACAAGCUGUCAGUAAUUGACGAGUGCUUCUCCAAAGAUACAGUGGCUGAGAUUAUACAAUCAUUUGAAGCAGAGGCAAAGAAAGAAGGAAAUGGAUGGAUAGGUCCACAUCUCAAGGGCUUAAAAAGAUCAUCCCCAACAGGGUUGACAAUAACACUGAGAUCGAUUCGUGAAGGCAGGAAGCAAACGUUGCCUGAAUCUAUGAAGAAGGAAUUUAGACUCACAAUGAAUAUACUGCGGUCCAAAAUUUCUGAGGAUGUGUAUGAGGGUAUUAGAGCUCUCACUAUUGACAAGGAUAAUGCUCCCAAGUGGAACCCGCCGUCUCUUGACAAUGUGGUGGAUGAGAAACUAGACCUGGUCUUCCAGCCGUUCGAAGAAGAUUUGGAGCUCCAGAUUAAGGAACAGGAAGAAAACAGGUGGGAUGGCAAGUAUGAGAAUUCAGCUUAUGCAUCCUUGAAGGUGACUGAGUAAACAAGAUGCAUAUCUGGUCACGGUUGAGCUUGUUUCUUAAAAGUAUUAUCUUAUAUCAUUAGCGCAAGUAUCGACGUUUUGUGUUGCAUUUCUCCCAGCCUAUUUGCAUGAGUUGUUCGCCUUGAUGAAAACCGUUGUAAUGUAAUUCAGAUUCGGAGUAUUGAUUAUCCAUCCGAGACCCUGAGAACGUAAUGUAAUAAACUAGAGUGUUUCCUUU